AUUUUUUCUUUGCCGUUCGGAGAGAGAAGAAGGAAGAAGACUAGGUUGGGAGCCGUUUCCAGGUUUCCCUCCAACGACAGAAAGUGGAAAACUCGAGUAGAUCUUAGCAGAAUGGCGGCCGAGGAGAAAAAGCGUUUCACCGACAAGAAGGACUAUGCGCAAUUUCCAGAGCGAUGGGCGGACAAGAACAAGUUCAAGGACAUGCCAGCAGGCUGGAACCCUCCGCACGGCGAAGAGCUAGAGAAAUUCAGAAAGAAGAGAAAGGGCCAGAUGGCGGAUAUCUCGUGGGAUAUGCUGGAAUACGAAGAGCUUCCCGUGUCAUCGGCACCACUGAUGUCCGCUGCGCAAUUCAUUGGCGUUGAGUGCCGCUCACAGAGUCAGGACUUUCUCAUCUGCAAACGAGACAAGCAGGACCCACGCAUGUGCCUGAACGAGGGCAAGGCGGUGUCGGACUGUGCCCGUGCGUUUCUGCUAAAGGUGCGCGAUCACUGUCGCAAGGAGUUCCGCCAGCACUGGUCUUGCUUGGACAAUAGAAAUCUGGAUCACGAGCAUUGCCUAAAACACCAGCCUGCACUGGACAAGUGCAUUCUGGAGCAUACAGGGUUGGAACGACCCACCCCACCGCCUCGUGGCAUGGUCAUGAGGAAUUUCUAGCACGGAGUUUCUCUCCGUAUUGAUUGCCCUAUAUAUCUGAGACAGUGCAUACCGUCGGCUGAUGUUCAGUCUGACGCCUUGCACAUAGAAUGUUUUUGUAUUCGCAACUUUCCAUUGGACAUGUGGAAUACGAGCAGCUCGUCUAACUAAGAUGGAGCUAUGCUUGCACUCUAAGACACCACACCCUGAUUACCACCUUGCAGCGGGUACACUACAAAUCUGGCAAGAGCAGACGGAGAUUUGCUUGAAGCUUUCCGGUCGGUCCAGGCGCCGGCUGGAUCAUGGAGCCGUUGACACAUGAAGCAUUCCUCUCAGCUAUCCACUAUUUCAUAGCCAAUCCGUUUGCUCCUCGUUUGCAACGUCCGGUACAGGGUUGCUAUGCUCGGUGGUCCCUAUUUUGUAGUUUGUUGAAAUUUAUGACGCUGUACAUACUGCUCUAAAUGUUAAAUGCCUUGGCAUAAGCUAUUUGCUGGCUUUGCUGUUCUCAUUUCCCGUAGGCUUUACUAUUCUCAAUGGAUGUUUGGGUAUAGCUUUCUUGCUACAUGUAUAAUUUAUUUCUGACAUGUUUGCAGCGUGUCAGUAGGCUCGUGUACAUUGCUAUUGCCAGUCAAUGAUUGGUGAAGUAUACCAUGUAUACUGUUGAGUGUUCGUGAAGCAAAAUGGAUCAUCAGGCAGAUCCUAAGCCGCGGAGUACCAACACUACUUGAAGUAUGCUUUCCACGUGUUUGGCCUGGCAUCAGUAUGGAUGAAAUAUGCAGUAUGGACUGUGUACAUCGACUCGAGCCAAGCUGAGCAGUUUGAACAGACUCGCCGCAUGCUACUUGUAUUUUAGAGUACGAUGUGGAGUGAGUCCACCAAGUCUUUGGCAUUGAUUUGCCGUCUUUUGAAACCUGGCCUAGACCGUGUCGGAUUUGGUUUUGAUCGUUCACGGUUUGCCUUUUAGAGUUCUGCGAUUAUCACCGCCGCAAGUGUUGGACAAAAGUUCAUGACCAUA